AUGUCGAUCGAGCAAGCUGCAAAUACCGCUGCGGUUUCCGUGAAACUUCCAGAUUUCUGGAGAAGCGAUCCAGCUAUGUGGUUUGCUCAAGCCGAAGCACAGUUUGUGCUCGCUGGGGUCGUUCGAGAUGAUACAAAAUAUUACCACAUCAUCAGCAAAGUUGAUCAGUCCGUGAUCUGCCAUAUUACUGACCUAGUUCAAAAUCCUCCAGCAGAAGACAAAUAUGCAAAAGUGAAAGCUCGUUUGAUCAGCCGUUUCGAAAUUUCCGCACAAGGAAAAUUGAAAGAAUUAUUGAACGCGUGCGACCUCGGUGAUAUGCGGCCCACUCAUUUACUGGCGCGUACGCAGGAGCUCGGUGCAGGUUUGAAUAUUAACGAAGACGUCAUGAAAGUGCUUUUCCUAGAACGUAUGCCGCAGAAAGUAAGGCCGGUAUUGUCAAUCAGUGACGGAACGCUUACUAAGUUGGCUUAA